CCCCGACCGCCCCGCCCCGCCCCGCCCCGCGCGCGGCGCAGCCCCUGGAGCAGCCACGGACCCCAGCAUGGUGUGGGUGGCGGUCCGCACGCUUGCUGGGACCACCUGACUCCUCCCAGCCCGCGUGCGGACGUCCGCCUCGAGGGGGCCCAAGAUGGCGGCCCAGCCCCCGCCGUCGACCGUGCCGGCCGCGGCGCCGCAGCAGGCCGAGCCCCUCGUGAAGGUGUACCGGCGGCGGUGGCUGCUGCUGGCCCUGUUCGUGGCCGUGAUCGGCCUCAACGCGGCGCCCUGGCUGCAGUACUGCGUCAUCGAGGACGUGACCACGGCCUACUACGGCGUGUCCGGCACCAUGGUGGAGUGGACCAGCCUGGUGUUCAACGUCACCGCCAUGCUGCUCGCCUUCCCCGCCGCCUGGCUGCUUGACCAAUACGGCCUGCGCCGCAACUUGCUGAUCGGCGCGGGCGGCACCGCGCUGGGCAUGUGGCUCAAGGUGGCGGGCUGCUGGCAGGGCGGCUACUGGAUCACGCUGCUGGGCCAGGUCGUCGUGUCCGCCUCCACCAACUUCGUCAUCUCCUCGCCCGCGCGCUUCGCGGCCGUCUGGUUCCCCGCCAACGAGGUCUCCACGGCGCUGGGCGCCGGCCUGUUCGGCCAGAUGGGCGGCAUCUCCCUGGGCUGCGCGCUGGCGCCGCUCACGGCCAGGGCGGACUGGUCGGACGAAGACAUCUUCUGGGGCUUCAUGCGCCUCAACCUGAGCCUCGCCGUGGUGGGCACGCUGCUGCUGCUGGCCGUCAUCUGCCUGUUCCAGGACGCGCCGCCGCUGCCGCCCUCGCCCGCGCAGGCCGCCGCCAAAGCCGCCGCCGAGGCCGCGGCCAAGGCGUCGGCGCAGUCGCUGGCCUCGACGCAGACGCAGGCCUCGGACCAGCCCCUCACGGCCUCCACCUCGUCCGAGUUCGUGGCCUCCAUGCGCCGCAUCUGCAGCAACAUGCACUUCAUGGUGCUGCUCGUCUCCUACACCCUCAUCGUGUCCGUGUUCAUCGCCGUCAACACGCUGCUCAACAGAUUCGUCACGCACUUCUUCAAGGACGCCAGCGCGGACGCCGGCUUCCUGGCCACGCUCAUGACCCUCACCGGCAUGGGCGGCAUCGUCGUCGUCUCCACCGCGCUGGACCGCACCAAGUGGUUCAAGGAGCUGUCCGUGGCCCUGUACGCCGGGUCGCUGGCGACCUGCGUUCUGUACACCGUCACGCUGAGCAAGGGCUCCAUGCACGCCGUGUACUGGGUGUCCGCCGCCAUGGGGGCCUUCAUGUCGGGCUUCUUCGUGGCGGGCUUCGAGAUGGCCGCGGAGCUGACCUACCCGGAGCCAGAGGGCAACCCCACCUCCUUCAUCAACUGGAUGUUCCAGCCCUUCGCGCUCAGCACCACGCUGGCGUACUCGCAGCUCUUCGAGGACCUCGGCGCGGACGCCGCCAACUACUUCCUAUGCGGACUGCUCGCCCUGGGCCUCGUCGCCGCCAUGGCCAUCCCCCGGAAGUACAACAGGCUGCACGCCGAAAAGGCACUCGCGUCCCUCGCCAAGGACGCCAAGGACAAGGACGACAAGGAGCAGGUCAAAGUGCCCAUGCCGCCACCGCCGGCCGCGCCGUCACCGCCGUCGCCGCCGGCCGCCCCGUCACCGCAACCACCUCCCGUGUGACGAUACCCCUCGCCGCCAAGGACCCGAUCUACCUGCCCCAAGCAGUGUCUCUACUGGCACGGAGUAUUGACGAACUCAGAGACCUGAUAUCAGGCGCCGCAAUCUUUCGACAUCGAGUGUCAGUUUACCGCUCUACCGUGGGUGACUGAUUCGUAUUUCGCCUUUCCAUUCUUGUAUUAUACACAUCGUGGGUUUUAGGUGUCUUAUUGUGAUAUUUUUAUGACGUAGCUGUAUGUUCCUGUAGCCACUGGCCGCAAAAGAAAAUGUUACCUCUAUGGAAUAAAAUAUUUUAUUACUUA